AUGUUAUCCAAUGAAGAUACGCUGGUUCACUAUGAUGGCACUAAGAAAUUGAUUAUGUCGUGUGAUGCUUCUCAGUAUGGACUUGGUGCUGUUCUAGAACAGGAAAUGGACAAUGGUAUGGUGAAACCAGUUAUGUUUGCAUCACGUACUAUGAAUAGCCAUGAGCGAAACUAUGCUCAGAUUGAUAAAGAAGCAGCUGCUAUUGUUUUUGGUUUGAAGAAAUUCCAUCAAUACAUAAGUGGACGGAAAGUGAUAAUUAAAACAGAUCAUAGACCACUGUUAGGCAUUUUUGGACCAGGAAAACCAAUUCCUACAAUUAUAUCACCCAGAAUGCUGAGGUGGGCACUUUUAUUGAACUCAUAUGAUUACGAGAUUCAAUAUGUAGAAGGCAGGAAGUUAGGAAAUGCUGAUGCAUUAAGCCGGUGGCCAGCAGAAGAAUCAACUAUAGAAAAGGAAUAUUCAGGAGUUUUAUUAAUUGAGGAGACACUAAUGGAACUAGAAUUUACAGCUAAAGAUGUAGCAAAACUUACGAGAAAAGAUAAAGUUUUAAGUAAAAUAUUGUAUUGGAUAAGAAAUGGAUGGCCUUCUAAGGUACAUACAGACUAUAAAAUGUUUAUGAAAAUUAGAGAGGAAUUAUCUGUACAUAGUGACUGUAUACUGUGGGGAAAUAGAGUGGUGGUGCCAGAGAAAAUGCGCUCUUAUAUUUUGGAAGAAUUACACCGGAACCAUGAUGGUAUAGUUAUUAGUAAAGCUUUAGCUAGAAGUUAUUUUUGGUGGCCAUGUAUGGAUAAACAAAUUGAAGAGAUGAUAAAAAACUGUAAUAUUUGCUCAGAAAAUAGGAACAUGCCUGCUCCAGUUACUCAUCAGUGGUUGAAACCAGAUAAGGCCUGGUCAAGAGUACACGUUGAUUACGCUGGACCUUUUCAGGGCAAAUCUUUUUUAAUACUCAUAGAUGCAUACUCUAAGUGGCCAGAAGUUAAAAUAGUAAAUGAUCUUAGCAGUGCUACAUUGAUUCGAGAAUUAAGAUAUAUUUUUGCUGAACAAGGUUUACCUGAUUCUAUUGUAAGUGACAAUGGUCGAAGUUUCAUUUCAGAAGAAUUUCAGAAAUAUCUUAAGAGCUGUGGAAUUAGACAGAUAUUAGUACCUCCUUAUCAUCCAUCAUCGAAUGGGCAAGCUGAACGUACAGUACAGACAGUAAAAAAUAAACUUAGGAAAAGAACAUCAGAACCCUGGCAUGUCCGAUUGCCGAACUUAUUAUAUGGAUUGCGAGCCACACCUAACAGUGUUAAUGAAAAAACACCUGCGGAACUUCUGAACAACCGUCGGUUCAGAACACAGUUCGACUAUUUAAAUCCAUUAUCGUAUAAAACAGAUAGAAAAUUAAGUGCAAAUGAAAACAAUGAAAAACUUAAAGUACGGUCAUUUGAAAUUGGUGAGUCUGUGUAUGUUCGCAAUUAUAGCAAAGGACCUCGAUGGUUACGAGGAAUGGUGGAGAAGAGAGUAGGGGUAUGUAGAUACUUGGUACGAUGGAAUAGAAGGUUGUUGUUGAGACACAUUAACCAAAUGCAUAAAGGAGGAAUAACAAUUAAUGGAGACAGUUUAAAAAAUACUUCAAGGCCUGAUGCAACCCAAUAUAAUAGUGAUGAUGAAAGUCAUGUGGUUAUACCAUCUCCAGAGAAAUGGGCUGACAUCAUUGGAGUAUCAGGGCCACAAGACAUUGUAAUGCCAGGAAGUUCAGGUGAAAUAUUAAGGACAAAGAGAGCUUUAUCAUUAUCCCCACCUACACUAUCUUCCAAGAGAGUAAGAUCGCGGGUAGAGUGUAACUUGGAGGACAAAGAGUCUGAGGUUGAAACAGACGAAUCAUUUGAAGUAGAAUAA